AUUCAAUUACAAAACAAAAUAGAAAGCAUCAGCAUAUCACAUCGAUCCUUUAUAAAAGAUUAUAUACAUAUAUAUAACCUUUGGUCUUCAACUGCUAUUGAAUUACAAAACAAAAUAGAAAGCAUCAGCAUAUUACAUCGAUCCUUUAUAAAAGAUAAUAUAUAUAUAUAUAACCUUUGGUCGUCAACUGCUAUUGAAUUGCAAAACAAAAUAGAAAGCAUCAGCAUAUUACAUCGAUCCUUUAUAAAAGAUAAUAUAUAUAUAUAUAUAUAACCUUUGGUCUUCAACUGCUAUUGAAUUACAAAACAAAAUAGAAAGCAUCAGCAUAUUACAUCGAUCCUUUCUUCAGAAAGAGGGGUAUUCUAUUCGGUGAGUGUUUCUUCUCAUCCAGCUCCUGGCAAAUGAAAUGAUUCCAUAAUUCCUCACUAAAAGACUUGGUUAUUAUAUAAGAGAGGGAAACCACGAGCUUCUUCUAAACAACAGAAAGUAUCAUCUACCAUUAUCAAUCCUGUUAAACAGUUACUCAAACACUUUGGGAUAUAUGGCAACAAUGUAUAGUGCUGCUGUUGAAGUGAUCUCCAAGGAAACCAUUAAACCCACAACUCCAACCCCAUCUCAACUUAAAAACUUCAAUCUGUCACUUCUCGAUCAAUGUUUUCCUUUAUAUUAUUAUGUUCCAAUCAUUCUUUUCUACCCAGCCAGCGUCGCUAAUAGUACCGGUAGCAGUAACCAUCAUGAUGAUCUUGACUUGCUUAAGAGUUCUCUUUCCAAAACACUAGUUCACUUUUAUCCAAUGGCUGGUAGGAUGAUAGACAAUAUUCUGGUCGACUGUCAUGACCAUGGGAUUAACUUUUACAAAGUAAAAAUUAGAGGUAAAAUGUGUGACUUCAUGUCGCAACCGGAUGUGCCACUAAGCCAGCUUCUUCCCUCUGAAGUUGUUUCCGCGAGUGUCCCUAAGGAAGCACUGGUGGUCGUUCAAGUGAACAUGUUUGACUGUGGUGGAACAGCCAUUUGUUCGAGUGUAUCACAUAAGAUUGCCGAUGCAGCUACAAUGGGUACGUUCAUUCGUAGUUGGGCAAGCACCACCAAAACAUCUCGUAGUGGGGGUGCAACUGCUGCCGUUAUUACAGAUCAGAAAUUGAUUCCUUCUUUCGACUCGGCAUCUCUUUUCCCACCUAGUGAACGAUUGGCAUCUCCAUCAGGGAUGUCAGAGAUACCAUUUUCCAGUAUCCCAGAGGAUACAGAAGAUGAUAAAACUGUCAGCAAGAGAUUUGUGUUCGAUUUUGCAAAGAUAACAUCUGUACGUGAAAAGCUGCAAGUAUUGAUGCAUGAUAACUACAAAAGCCGCAGGCCAACAAGGGUUGAGGUGGUUACUUCUCUAAUAUGGAAGUCCGUGAUGAAAUCCACUCCCGCCGGUUUUUUACCAGUGGUAGAUCAUGCCGUCAACCUUAGAAAGAAAAUGCACCCACCAUUACAAGAUGUGUCAUUCGGAAAUCUAUCUGUAACUGUUUCGGCGUUCUUACCAGCAACAACAACGACAACAACAAAUGCGGUCAACAAGACAAUAAAUAGUGAAUUUCAAGUGGUACUUCAUGAGUUACAUGAUUUUAUAGCUCAGCUGAGGAGUGAAAUAGAUAAGGUCAAGGGUGAUAAAGGUAGCUUGGAGAAAGUCAUUCAAAAUUUUGUUUCUGGUCAUGAUGCUUCAAUAAAGAAAAUCAAUGAUGUUGAAGUGAUAAACUUUUGGAUAAGUAGCUGGUGCAGGAUGGGAUUAUACGAGAUUGAUUUUGGUUGGGGAAAGCCAAUUUGGGUAACAGUUGAUCCAAAUAUCAAGCCGAACAAGAAUUGUUUUUUCAUGAAUGAUACGAAAUGUGGUGAAGGAAUAGAAGUUUGGGCGAGCUUUCUUGAGGAUGAUAUGGCUAAGUUCGAGCUUCACCUAAGUGAAAUCCUUGAAUUGAUUUGAUAUUGCAUUAUCUACAUGUGUUCUCUAAUCAUGAUUUUCUCCAUUUCCCUUUCCGUAGUUGGUUACAAAGAACCAAAUAAAGGGGAAAAAAAACUUGUACUGCUCGAUGCUUUGACAUUUCCAUGUUCAUUGUGAACACAAAGAUCUGGUGUCAUCUGAGUAUUCACAAAUAAUGCGUGCAGACUCAUGACAAUACA